CUGUCUUCCACAUUGACCAAUUGACAGUAUUUUACACCAACUGAUACGAUUACCUAAUCGAUAGCUAUUAUGUGGCGGUUAAGAAGCGAUCCUCGGACUUUUCUUCACUCACCACCGGAUCCACGACAUACGAUUUGCUUCGAUGAAAGAUUAGAAUCUUACAUGGAUAAUGCGAAUCAGAAAAGCUAAUUAAACAAAGAAGAGGGGAAACUGACAGAACUCGAAGAUGCUUGGCCCUUGGAAAGCGAUAUUCCUCUUUUUAUUAGGGGUUUCGUUUUACUCUGUAGUCCUCUGCGGUACAAAUGCCACCAGGACUGUGAGAGCUUACAAAGGACGGCUUCAGUCACCUCACUCUUCGUGGCGUGUCGUGUUAUGCUUCACACAGCCACAAAGCUCUUACAAAACAGAUGUUCAAAAGGCAUGGGAAAAAGCGAAACUACAAUCGUCUCAUGCAGAUAUCAAUCUAUUUUAUAUAGAAGCUCCACCAAAGACAGAUGCACUGUCGUAUCCUUUAUCGUUACUAAACAAAUUCUGUACUGAAAUUAAAAGCGGAAAAACAGCGUUAAGCCUUAUUAUUGGUGGAGAGGCGGCAGCUAGGUUUCUGGUGACCGCUGCGGCUGCUUUGAAUCUCCCCACAUUAUGGCUACCACUGACACAUGAAGAUUUCCUGCAACAGGGAAACCGUGCACCAUAUGAAAGUCGUAUAGGUUCAAGCACAAAAGAAGUAGGUGCAGCUGCUGCUGCAUUAAUGCAUAGAGCAAACUGGCAUGCGUUCACCCUUCUCAUCGAUACCACUUUGCUUCCUGUAAGUCAUCUGUUGCAACCGAAUCAACCAACUUUAACGCCCAGAACCAUCAUACACCUUCCAACGAAUGACAAAACAUUGAGAAUGAGAUUGAGAAGAGUAGCAGAGGAAGGGGGAAGUGGAGGAGUAAUAGUGAUGGGUUGCGAUUUGAACAGCGCACGAAGAAUACUCGCUGCAGCUGGUAAAUUUGAGAUGCUCGCUGGAAGAUUUUUGUGGCUUUGGUUGGAUCUUAAAGCUGAACUGAGACCUAACGAACCGAAUAUUAUUAGCUCGCACAUUAUACACAGCUCAAGAGCGGCGAUUGCGACAAACGAUAAUCCUAGAUCGGUAGAGAACACAAACAGAAACACCAAUCUUCUAGCUGAAAACCAAUUAGCGAUGAACGCUUUGCCCAGUUUAGCUAACGACAUACAUCGAUUGCAAGAAUACAGAUGGCAAAACGAUCAGGCUGCGACCAAACAAGAAGAAAAACCUUUUAAUUUCGACGACGACGAAGAUUUUGUAACAAUCACAGACAAAGAAUUGAAUUCGAAAGAUUUCAUGCCAAUUGGUAUGCUUGCUUUGAGACCCUCCAAUAUAAAGUUAAUGGGCAGCGAUACAUUAUUAUCCAGAAUGAUAAGGGAAACUUCUCAGGCGUUGGACGAAACAUUUUCAGAAAUGAAAUCCAAACUGAGCCCUUUAGGGGAGUCACAGUUGAACGACAACUUUAUCCCAGAAUGCUUUCCAGGGAGCAGAGCAAAAUUUUUAAACAGCGAGAUAAGAAGGAACGUUUCCAAGAUAUUAACAAGGAAACUGAGAAUCUCUGUGGGUCAGAUUUCAAAGGACAAAGCUAAAUUCCAUUUGCUAAACUUGCAAGCUAUACGAUUCCCUGGUAACAAGACUCAAUUAAGAUGGACCAAAGUAGGAACAGUUAAAGGUGGCAAAGAGGUCCACCUUGACACUAUCGUUUGGCCCGGAGGUGGAAUUGUGCCAGCCUAUCUCGAACAAGGUGGCGAAAAGAUAGGUAUGCCCAUGUACCGUAUAGUAACAGCACUCGCAUCGCCGUUCACAAUGGUAACGAACUUGCAAGAAGGUAUUUGCCUGAGAGGGAUCUUCUGUUACCAUGGAAAUACGAUAAUGUGUUGUUACGGUUUAACCAUGGACUUGAUGUCGUUGGUGUCCCGCGAAUUAGGAUUUCGUUAUGACUUGUACGUGGUGAAGGAUGGUCUUUUUGGGAAAAGGAACGGCAGAAGUGGUACGUGGAACGGUAUAAUGGGAGAGCUUGUCACUGGCAGAGCACAGUUGGCGUUCGCGCCUUUGAGCGUGUCCGCUCACAGAGCCAAAGUGGUCGACUUCACCACGCCUUAUUACUUCAGCGGAGUGAGCUUCCUCACCGCGCCAAAGCUGAAACCUGCGAUAUCGCUGUUCGCGUUUCUUUUCCCGUUCAGCACAGAGCUGUGGAUCGCGGUGUUCACAUCCUUGAACUGCACUGCUAUGGCAGUGGCGUUGUACGAAUGGUUCAGCCCGUUCGGGCUGAACCCUUGGGGCAGACAACGAAGCAAAAACUUCUCGAUAGCUUCCGCUUGGUGGGUGAUGUGGGGUCUCCUGUGCGGGCAUUUGCUCGCCUUCAAAGCGCCCAAGUCGUGGCCUAACAAGUUUUUGAUCAAUAUUUGGGGCGGCUUCUCCGUCAUAUUCGUAGCCACGUAUACGGCUAACAUAGCAGCUCUGAUAGCGGACUUGUUCUUUCAUUCUGCAGUGAGCAGCAACUAUCACGACAAAAGCUUGCUGUUGCAGAAAGUCGGCGCGCCCAGAGCGUCCGCGGCAGAGUAUUACGUACAAAAGGCGAAUCCGGAACUGUGGUCGCACAUGGCACGGUACUCUAUAUCGAACGUCGCCGAGGGUGUGGAGAGAUUGAGAAACGGUAGCUUAGAUAUCCUCAUAGCGGACACACCUAUUUUAGACUUUUACCGGGCGACGGACGACGGUUGUCGUUUGCAAAAGAUAGGCGACACCAUAAACGAGGACACGUACGCGGUUGCUCUCACCAAGGGGCAUCCUUUGAAAGAGAGCAUAUCCAAAGUGAUAGCGAACUACACGAGUACUGGAUUACUGGACAUCUUGCAGGAGAAAUGGUACGGCGGUUUGCCCUGCAUCAGAGGAAGAAAAGGUAUGGACACGAGUUUAGAGCAUAAGCUAGGAGGUCAAGCCAGACCCCUAGGCGUAGCGUCUGUUGCCGGUGUAUUUUGCUUCCUCGGGAUGGGCGUGGUACUUGGAACCAUCAUAUUAGCCGGAGAACAUUUGUUCUACAAAUACACGUUGCCCAGGCUGAGACACAGGCCGGAGAAGUCCAUAUGGCGCAGUCGGAACGUGAUGUUCUUCUCGCAGAAGCUGUACAGGUUCAUCAAUUGCGUGGAACUGGUGUCCCCUCACCACGCGGCGAGGGAGCUGGUCUACACGGUCAGACAGGGGCAAAUAGCUUCGCUCUUCCAGAAAAGCGUCAAGCGAAAGGAACACGAACAGCGUCAGAGGCGCAAGAGUAAGACUCAGUUUUUCGAGAUGAUCCAGGAGAUUCGCAGGGUGCAACAGGAGGAGAAAACGGAAACGGUGCCGGAGGAGCAACAGAAAGUCUCGACGAUCAAGAAAGAGGAGAAGUCGUUGAAAGCGAGAGAGAGGAGCCGAAGCAAAAGUCCCCUGAUGCCCCACAGUCCGAAGAGGUCGGAGAAGAGCAGGAGUUCCACCAAUCUGUCGAGCUCCAGGCUGGGCUUGUCCCCGGUCAGCUUGGAGGCGCCGAUGAAGCCCAGAGAGUUCACUCUGAGCAGCACGAAUCUUCGAGCGAGGAGUCCCUUGGAAACGGUCGGUCGUCGACUGAGCCACGGCGACGGUGGCUCGCCGCCUCCUCGCCUGGGCUCUCACUUCGGCGGCAGCGCGACCCUGCGACCUUUGGCUCUGACCAGGAGCGACACCGUUGGCACCGGCCCGUCGACUACCAGGACGGAUCAGUCCGGCGCAGGCGCCGCUCCAGCGACCACUCCGAGGUACUCCCGGAGUCCGGCGAAGCGAGGGCAAUCCUUCCCAGUGUUCGCCACGUUGAGACUGCCGCACUCGACGAGCCAUCAGAUGUCCAAGAGUCCUCCGCUGGCGCUAACAUCCGCCGUCGGUCGUAAGUUGUCCCGGGAUUGGGGUUCGGGUACCAUCGACCUGACCAGAUCUUCCGAGACAGUCGCAGGUGGUAGUGGUGGUGGUGGUGGUGGUUCGACGUACACCUUGAACCAGGAGAUGACCUUGUCGCUGGAACGUGCUCCGCACGAGAAGAAGACGGCGCAGGAGGUCGGGUCGCAGAGCCGGAAAACGAUCGACGAGACAGGACUGCCGAUCAAGAAGCCGAUACGACGCGCGAGGAGCCACGAGAACCGGGACACCGGCGGCAAACUGAUGGCCGACCUCCCGUCGCCGCGUUUGACCAGCCAACCGGUCGUGGGAGGCCGAUCGGUAAGCGAACGAACAAAAAAGCAGUUAGAGUCCGAGCUGAAAGCCAUCUUGACCGCCAGAGCGCAUCAUCGCGAUCUGCAUCCCCCUUGAUAGACUGCGACGCCGUUUUGAGGGUUCUUGCAAGUAUCGGGCGCUUCGGGGAUGAUGAUGAUCGUUGCCUCUGAGGGGCUUUGAUUGAUUUAAGCAAUAUCAGAAAUUUAUAGGUCAAUUUGUAGAAGAAUCCGACAACUUAACAAAAAGGUAAAAACGACAAAAAAAAGUGUUUAAAACAAAAACGAAAAAAAAACAUGCGUACACGUACAUACGAUACAUACACAGAAAAAACAUAGACAGUCCUCCAGUACCUGGAGUAGAAUGAGGGGAAUUCGGGGUUGGGGGGGGUGUUGUGCAACAACGACAGGAGAGAGACUUUCGACGAACAAGGGAAAGUCUCUUUGUCUGUGCAUGUUGUUGCGUAUAUUGAUAAUUGUAUAUUUAGGAUACGUUGAUUAACGGAAGAGACAAGACAGGAAAAGUGCUAUGAACUACAGUAGUGGAAGAUGUCUUAACGAGUAGCGAAAAAAAGAAAAAAAAAUACUUGAACCGAGUACUAAAAUAUUUUCUUGUUGGCAUUUUAAACUCUAUCAUUAACCGUCAGCCUGAGCGAGUCUUUCCUCGUUGUAAUAUGAGACGAUAGAAACGUAGCCGACAUUUCUGCACUGCCGUACACUAUUCUCGAUUUCCGUUUCGUCGUUCGUCCACGUUUCAAAAGCGUGCGACGACAGCUCCUGCUCCAGAGUCCCGUUCGCGAACGAACGCGUGUCCCUCCGUGCGAGGCGUGCUUCCGAAAAUCGGGAUGCAACCGGAAGACGAUCCCUCGUGCGACAGUAAGUCGACGAUAUAGAAUAGUAUGAGGCUUGAUUGUCGAAACGAAAGAGAGACGAUUCACUUGUUUAUUCGCGUGUGUUCGUACAAGCCUCGAACGAUAUUUCUUGAUCGCUUACUUCGUCUCGCGGUUCAUUCGAUUUGCCUGGGUUUUAUUGUGAUUUCAAACAAACACACACACACACACACACACACACACACACACACGCGCGCGCGCGCGCGCUGUUGUACAGAUACAAUCCCUAAGAGGGACUCGUUCGUCCACCAAUAUAACAGACACCAAAGAUGAGGAAGAGAUCGUUAAACUAGGAGAGAGACCGUUGACGCACGAAGAUCUUGGUGAAUCGGAUAAUAUAUUGCAUACUGCCAGUUUUAUCAUUAGUAAAAGGGAGAGAGACUCGCUCAACAAACUCUCGGCGUGAAACGACCACUGACUUGGACGAAAGGACACGCUCGUGUGACGUUUAACCGCGUCCCCGGCUCAUUUUAAAACGGGUAACGCACCCCGGCCGAACGAAGGGGUCGAAGGUUAAAUGUGUGUCGCUUUUGUACCGGGGGAAUCCUUAUCAGCAAACACCGCCGCGUAGCGUAACCUUAAUUAAUCCCUUAAGACAUAUUAAAUCGCGUGUUAUUAGAGUAAUCGAUUCCGGGGAGGCGAAGGGGGUGGAGGAGGAAACAUUAAAGAUAAUCGUGUGUUUGCUGUACUCGUAGAUGAAGCGUGGCAUUAGUGUUGGUCGAUUCGUUGGAGCGAUAAGCGGUGAGAUUUGUCCGUGGAAUUGCGCGAGACAUCGUCUUCGGAAUUGAACGAAAGGAAGAAAGAGAAAAAGAGAGAAAAUGUUGUUCAUCGAUGUCCGCGCCCCCGAAUUUUUUCACCCUCCGAUCAGGGGGAUGUGGUCUCCCUUCUCACCGGUCUCGACAGAUUCUUCCUGACACACUUUCCUCUUUCUCUCUCUCCGUGUGUCGUCUCUCUCUCUCUCUCUUUCUCGUUUGCUCCUGCUAUCCGAUUCUAGACUUUGUAGAGUGAAUGUAUAUGGAACUAAAGAAAAGAGGAAGAAAAAUGAAAAAGAAGUUAUAAUUUUAAAUAAUUGAUGAGUGAGGCCUUAGGAGUAGUCGAUCCGCCCAAUUCUUUACUUGGAAAACAUUAUCUCAUAUUCUGAACGAACAACAACUUUCUCUAUAUUACUAUUCGAGGUAGAGCUAGACGUUUAGUUUGAUAGUUUUCACGGUAGACCGUUGUAUUUGGACUUGUCUCGAUUAACUUAUUAACCGGGUCUCGUUAGCCGAUCGUUGAUGAGUAGGGAAACGGAGAGCCACUGAAAACGGGAGUUCAGAAUACCAAUGACGUGUCGAAUCUCAUCCACCCCGGUUAACAGGUGAAAUUCCUCAGUGUCGACGAAUUCCCGGUGAACUAUACGAAUUUCGUUCGAUGCUGAAACAUUCAUAGCAAUCAGAUCUUUGAUGAGUUUCAAUUUUACAGUAUGAUUAUACACACGCAAACAUAUGUACACGCAUAUGUACACACAGGUGACUGCUACCGAUGAAAGUGCUCUGAAUAAUUGCAUUACUCAUUCAUUUCUAUCUGAUGUGUCGUUGAUAAGCACGUAGCGUACACAUUGAUUACAAACAUGACAAAGAUACUAAUACUUUUAUCCCUUAUCUCGUUCGAUUUAGAUACAUUCCUGAUUUGCAUUUAACGUUGUACUGCAAUUAAUUCAGGAGGUAAUCAAGAUACAAAUAUAGGGGGCCAGUUUAGAGUCACCCAAGCCUAAAUAAAUCAAAAAUAGACUUAUUACAUUAACUGUAGCUAUAAUUUUUUGAUAAGUGGGUUUUGCCAAUAAUUUGGUUCAGUAGUGAUUAUGUAUAUACGUAUAAAAAUAUAUGUAUAUGUAAAUAUAUGUACAUGCAUAUAUAUCCAUCAAUGUAUGUAUAUAUAUGUAUGUGUAUAUAUAUAUUGUAUUUGUAAUUCAUUCAGGCAUGUAUAAAAGAAAUCUAUCUUCUGAAAGUCCUUGUACAUACGUGUCUUCUACUAGAUACCUGAAGAGAUAUUAUUGCACUGAAUUAAAGGUUGAGCCCCCUACUUCAUUGUGCGCCAACAAGACCCUGUACAGUUGAAAUGUAUGAAAAGAAUAGAGCAAACAUAUUUGUUUGAUCACAUGUUGUUUCCAUUAAUGAUUCGCGAGGAAAAUAAUGCAAAGAUUACUGCAAAAUGUAAAUCGGCCUACAUAAUAUAAGGAAAAGAUUAUAUUACUUUUUUUCAAAUACAAUUACUCUUAUAUACUUCCAACUUUAUAUUGCUCUUUUCUUGCCAAUGAUUAAAUCAAUAUUAUGAACUGCUGACAGUAAUUUUCAAGAGAGCAUUUAAUGCAAUCGGAAAUUUAAAUGAUGGAAAGAAGUCUCAUAAAAAAGACUAGCUGUCUUUGCUUCAUAAGUCUAAGUGCAUCUUUAUUAUUUGGUUCUUAGAAAUAUAACUCUAGUACUUAAAAUAUUAUUAUUAGCAUUGUAUUAGCCAUAAUAUAUUAAUUCCAUCUCUAAUGGCAAUAAGAUUGUUAUACACUACGAAGCACUGCCAUAAUUUCAACUAAUGUUCUAUUGAUUUCAAUAUCCUGCCAAAUAACGUGAACAUACCGAAUCUAAUAUUUCACGAUAUACUUUAUUUUAAAUGAUCAAAAUUCAUUGACAAAUAUCAAAUAUUGCAAAUAUACAUCUCACGCACUGAUAAAAAUGACUUCAAUUUAAGAAAAAAUGUUUUCAUCAUCUCAUAUGACAUACGAACAUAAAUGAAAAGAAGACAGCUCGAUGUAUAAGCAUCUUAAUCAUUGAAUUCUAUGUGCACAAACAGUUGAAUGAUAUAUGGAACAAAAUGCCCAUAUUGUUAAGCUAUAUAUUUUCAAUGAUCACUGCUAUGGAACUUUGCAAAUUGUCGAUUGUAUAGAAUUUAAUGAUCAAAGACAGUCACUAAUUGAGAUACUCCAAAUUUGAAUACCAUUGAAAUUUCAUACACAGUAUAAGUUUUUGUUAACGCGAUGUAUUUGAUUCCAUAUCACAUCUCAUUAGUAAUCUUAUUACUAGACUGCGGAUGUUCAUGCGUAAAAUUCAAUGUAAUUUCUGCAUUACUCCAAAUACAUUGAAAGACUUUACAAAGAGAAUAAGUUUAUAUUAAACAUUAAAAUUUGGGAAUCCAUCUAUGAAAACUUGAACCCGCACCAACAUAUCCGCAGUCUACUGAUUACAUUAAAGUUGCAAAAUCUGUAUCUGAUCUAUUUCGAGUUCAAGGUAAAAACAGAGCACGAUGCAUGCAACUUUAGUGAAAUAAUAAUUAUUGUAGAGCAUAAAUGUAGGAAAACCUUGUGUAGCCAUACGAUCACGAGUAUUCUGUUAAUGCGGUGACUUGUUGGCGUACGGUAUUAGGUUAGGUUCCUCGUAACCUACCUCGUUUCUCUUGUUACGCCUACUAUUACACUGUUAUUGUUGAAAACUCCAUAUUAAUAAGAAAUAAAUAUAUUGUCUCAAGAUACACAGCAUUCUUAAUUCUUCCAACACCACAUACGAAUUCCGAGCGAACGAUCCUGAACGAACGACGCUUAACGAUGAUCGAUAUUACAGGUAUAUUAUCGAUAUAUCUUUAUCCACGACUUUCAUCGAUAAA